AUGUCAAUGGCCAAUGCAACCAUGUGUUCGCACAAGCAUUACACGAACGCUGUUCAAUCUAACAACAUUAUGGCAAUAGUUCAGGAACUCCAUAUUGAAUUUUUCGCCGAUAAUGAUGAAAACUCUUAUUCAAGCAAAUGCAGAUAUGGUAUUGACAUUGAUACUUGUGGCAAUAUGGGUGCUCAUGAUGCAGCAUUUGGUGGGAAAUGUGAUGUCAUCACAGUUCUGUUAGAGUCGGGGUUUGAUGUAAACAGCAAAAAUAAAAUCGGAAAUACAAUGCUUCAUUUAGCAGCUUCAGAAGGUCACAGAGAAUUAGUGCAACUCUUGAUCAGUAAAGGGGCAAAUGUCAAUGACAAAGGUAACAUGGGUCGCACAGCAUUACACGACGCUGUUCAAUCUAACAACAUUAGCAUAGUUCAGGAUCUCAUUGAGAGUGGGGCUACAAUAGAUAUUCAUGACAAUCAACAAUGCACUCCUUUGCAUCUUGCAACAGAUUGGGGAUAUAUUCCGAUAAUGAAAACUCUUAUUCAAGCAAAUGCAGAUAUGUAUGACAUUGAUACUUGUGGCAAUAUGGGUGCUCAUGAUGCAGCAUUGGCAUAUUUAGGAGAUAUUCCAAUAAUGAAAACUCUUAUUCAGGCACAUGCUGAUAUUUAUAGCACUGACAUAUGUGGCGACAUGGCUGCUCAUGUUGCAGCUAAAUACGGAAAAAAAGAUGCUUUAGAGUAUCUUUUAGGAUUAGGGUUUGAUGCAAAACGCAAAACCAAAAUAGGAAACACAUUGCUUAAUUUAGCAGCUUCGAAAGGUCAUAGAGAAUUAGUGCAAUUCUUGAUUAGCAAAGGAGCAAAUAUAAAUGACAGAGGCUCUUAUGGUUACACGGCAUUACAUUCAGCUGUUCAGUCUAAUCAUGUUAGUUUAGUUCAAUACCUCAUUGAGCUUGGAGUUAAGGUAGAUGCUGAAAACUGUAUGCUCCAAACUCCUUUGCAUAUUGCAUCAAUGAUGGGGCAUAUGACCCUACUGAAAACACUUAUUCAAGAAGAUGCUUAUAUCUAUAGAAUCGAUAUUUGCGCUAAUACAUGUGCUCAUGAUGCAGCCUAUAAAGGGAGAUGUAAUGUUAUAGAGAAUAUGAUAAAGUCAGGGUUAGAUGUAAACUACGCAACCAACAUGGGAAUUACAUUGCUUCAAUUAGCGGCUUAUAAAGGCCACCUAGAAUUGGUGAAACUCUUGAUCAGUAAAGGGGCAAAGGUGAAUAGCAAUGACAAAUAUGGUUAUACAGCAUUAGAUGCAGCUGAAGAAUCGAACAAUGAGAGUGUAGUUCAAUACCUCACUGAAUCUGGGGCUACGGCAGAUGUUCAUGAGAAUAAACCACCCGCUAAGCAUCUUGCAGCAUUAAGCGUAGACUUUGUAGUAUUGCAGUCACUCAAACAGGAUAAUACUGAUAUAUAUAAUUUACCAAAUUAUGGCGAUAUGGGAUCUCAUGCAGCAACUAUCCACGGGAAAUAUGAGACAAUUGAGUUUAUGUUAGAAUCGGAUCAUGAUGUAAACUGCAAAACUAAAGAAGGAGAUACAAUGCUUCAUUUAGCGGCUUGGAAAGGUCACAGAGAAUUAGUGAAACUCUUGAUCAGUAAAGGGGCAAAUGUCAAUAACAAAAACAACAAUGGUCGCACACCAUUACAUGCAGGUGUUGAAUCUAACAAUGUUAUUGUAGUUCAGGAACUCAUUGAGAGUGGGGCUAGAGUGGAUGUUCAUGACAAUCAACAAUCCACUCCUUUGCAUCUGGCAACAAUUAAGGGAUAUAUUUCGAUAAUGAAAACUCUUAUUCAAGCAAAAGCUGAUAUAUAUUACGAAGAUGAAAAUUAUAAAGAUAUGGGCGAUCAUAAUGCAGCAUUGGGUGGGAAAUGUGAUGUCAUCACAGUUUUGUUAGAGUCGGGGUUUGAUGUAAACAGCAAAACUAAAGAAGGAAAUACAAUGCUUCAUUUAGCAGCUUGGAAAGGCCACAGAGAAUUAGUGCAACUCCUGAUCAGUAAAGGGGCAAUUGUCAAUGACAAAAACAACAAUGGUUGGACAGCAUUACAUGCAGCUGUUGUAUCUAACAAUGUUAUUGUAGUUCAGGAACUCAUUGAGAGUGGGGCUACAGUAGAUGUUCAUGACAAUCAACAAUGCACUCCUUUGCAUCUUGCAACAUAUUUGGGAUUUAUUCCGAUAAUGAAAACUCUUAUUCAAGUAAAUGCAGAUAUAUAUAAUAUUAAUACUUAUGGCAAUAUGGGUGCUCAUGAUGCAGCAUUUGAUGGGGAACGUGAUGACAUUAAUUUUCUGUUAGAGUCAGGGUUUGAUGUAAACUGCCAAAAUAAAAAAGGAAAUACAAUCCUUCAUUUAGCGGCUUUAAAAGGUCACAGAGAAUUAGUGCAACUCUUGAUCAGUAAAGGGGCAAAUGUCAAUGGCAAAUGCAAAGAAGGUGGCACAGCAUUACAUUACGCUGUUCAAUCUAACAACAUUAGCAUAGUUCAGGAACUCAUUGAGAGUGGGGCUACAGUAGAUGUUCAUGACAAUCAACAAUGCACUCCUUUGCAUCUUGCAACAGUUAAGGGAUAUAUUCCGAUAAUGAAAAUUCUUAUUCAAGCAAAUGCAGAUGUAUAUAAUAUUCAUACUUAUGGCAAUAUGGGUGCUCAUGAUGCAGCAUUGGGUGGGAAAUGUGAUGUCAUCACAGUUCUGUUAGAGUCGGGGUUUGAUGUAAACUGCCAAAAUAAAAAAGGAAAUACAAUCCUUCAUUUAGCGGCUUUAAAAGGUCACAGAGAAUUAGUGCAACUCUUGAUCAGUAAAGGGGCAAAUGUCAAUGGCAAAUGCAAAGAAGGGGUGGCCAGGCCACAGCAUUAA